CUGAAAUGCAAUCGCUGGGGUGUGGCUACAGGGAUAGUUGUGCCAUGAGUUUGUAGCUGGAGCAUCAGCAGCGUGGCACCCCGCUCUGUAGAGCAUAAGCCGGAGAUGCCGGAGGAUUCCCUCACAGUUGAAGCUGUGCAGAGCCGAGCCCAGGGGGGCAGCAGCAUGGCGGAGCAGGAGGCUGCAAAUAAGAUGCCUGGGAAGUUUCAGACUGGUCUGAGGGUGCUAGGCACUAGCCUCUUUGCUCUGCUGGUGUUGGGGGGCAUCUUGGCUGCAUACGUGACAGGGUACCAGUUUAUCCAUACCGAUCGCCACCAUCUCUCAUUUGGGCUGUACGGAGCCAUCCUAGGUCUCCAUUUACUUUCUCAGAGCCUCUUUGCCUUUUUGGAGCACAGGAAGAUGCGGGGAGGUGGACGGCGUCCUACAGGAAGGUCCACAGUGGCCCUCUGCAUUGCAGCAUAUCAAGAGGACCCGGAGUAUUUACGAAAAUGUCUGCGGUCAGUAUGCCGCCUCUCAUAUCCUCACCUUCGUGUGAUCAUGGUGGUGGAUGGGAAUACAGAAGAGGACAGAUAUAUGAUGGACAUAUUCCGAGAGGUCAUGGGGUCAGAGGGAACCUGCUGCUACAUUUGGGACAAAAAUUACCAUGAAUCAGAGGAGGGAGGACAAGAGGGUGAAAGGGGAGUACAGGAGAUGGUGAAGAACUUCCAAUAUGUCUGCAUCAUGCAGAAGUGGGGUGGAAAACGGGAGGUCAUGUAUACUGCAUUUCGUGCACUUGGCAACAGUGUGGAUUAUGUGCAGGUCUGUGACUCUGACACUGUGUUAGACCCAGCUUGUACUGCCGAGAUGCUGCGCAUUUUGGAGGAAGAUCCUAAAGUGGGGGGAGUAGGUGGAGAUGUGCAGAUCCUGAAUAAAUAUGAAUCGUGGAUCUCAUUUCUGAGCAGCGUCCGCUACUGGAUGGCAUUUAACGUGGAACGCGCCUGCCAGUCCUACUUUGGCUGUGUCCAGUGCAUCAGUGGCCCACUGGGAAUGUAUAGGAACAGUCUUUUGCAGUACUUUUUAGAAGAUUGGUACCAUCAAACAUUUUUGGGGCAGAAGUGUAGCUUUGGAGAUGACAGACAUCUCACGAACCGUGUACUAAGCAUGGGAUUCCGAACGAAGUAUACAGCUCGCUCUCGUUGCCUGACAGAGACACCGACGCGGUAUUUGCGCUGGUUGAACCAACAAACGCGCUGGAGCAAAUCGUACUUUCGUGAGUGGCUAUACAAUGCACUGUGGUUCCACAAACACCACCUCUGGAUGACCUAUGAAUCUGUGGUUACGGGCUUCUUCCCCUUCUUCUUGGUGGCUACAGUGGUUCAGCUAUUUUACCGUGGCCGUGUUUGGAACAUUCUUCUAUUUCUGCUGACAGUACAGCUCGUUGGUAUUGUGAAGGCAACUUAUGCCUGUUUCCUUCGAGGGAAUGCUGAAAUGAUUUUCAUGUCACUUUAUUCGCUUCUCUACAUGACUAGCCUCCUGCCUGCCAAAAUAUUUGCAGUGAUGACCAUCAACAAAUCUGGCUGGGGGACUUCAGGGCGCAGGAAGCUGGUGGUGAAUUUUAUGGGUAUGGUGCCCGUGUCUGUUUGGUUUUGCAUUCUGCUGGGAGGAUUAGUAUACACAGCAUAUUGUCAGAGUCAAGAUCCAUUCACUGAAACAGAACUGUUAUUCCUGGUGACAGGCGCCAUCUUAUAUGGAUGUUAUUGGGUGGCACUUCUCAGUUUAUACCUUGCUUUGAUCGCCCGGCGGUGUGGCAAGAGACAAGAGCUGUACAACUUAGCAUUGGCUGAGGUCUGAAGGACAGAAAAAAAAAGCAGGCUUUCAUUUUGUUUACAACAAAACCAUCGGAUGACUACUUGUUUUGAAAAACUAAAAUAAUCACAAAUGCAGUUGCAACACAACACACUGAACGUUCUUCAUGCAGCAAAGGCAGACCUGCAUUUUGAAUACUGUAGAUGGAGCUUUUCUCACCAGCAAUGUCUUAAGCAGCUAAGACCAUUCUAUGCAAAUGUAUAUACCUCAGGCAGAACCAGCUGCCCAAGCAAUAAAGCCCUCAGUGGUGCAGCCUUAAUUCAGAACCUGGUCUUGUGAAUAUAAAAAAAAAAAUGUAAAAGUAAAGCAACAACAGAUUACAUAGCACCAAACCAUUAAAAGGAAAAAAAAAACAAUGCAGCAACAGACAAUAUUUGAGACAGGCCAUACCGUUUACUGUGAGCAGCUGCUAUAAAGCAUUUUACACCAAAAUCUUUAGACUUACCUGAUGGGUGCAUACUAUCAGACUUCGGCAGGGAAAAUUAAGCCAAAUUCUUAUACUAAGAAUGUUUCGGAAUGAGGCCUGUGUGUGUAAAUGGGAAGAAUACAAUAUCACCAUGUUGCAUGGCUAUGAAUAUGGGCAAUUCAUGGAACAGCAAUGCAGCAACACUGAGGAAACCGGUUAUACUUUUUGGAAAAUACACAUGAAGACAGUCUUUGUCAGCUGAUGCAUCUUAGUAGUUAUGGUGAAUGCUACACUUUUGCAACAUCAGACAGGCCUUAUAUAAAAGCAACCAUCAAUCCUACUUACCUCUGGAUGCGGUUUUUACUUUUUUCGGGCUGCUAGAUUAUUAUGAUUGAUUUUCUAUAACCCUGUACUCAUAACUUGACGGCACCUGGGACACACUGCCUUACACAGCCAUAGAGAAAGCACCCCCUGUCCCCCCGGGGUCUGCUCCCACUAUGGUUACGCCAGUUCUUUCUCUGCCAGAUGAACCUAUAGAUAUAUAAAUAAUUUGUGCCCUGCUUUAUAACUUACGUUCUAGUUAUCUUUACAACAGCCAGAGAGGCCAUGAAUCCUGUCUGUAGAUCACCAGCAGUAACGGUAGGAUUUACAACCUUUUGGGGGUUAUUUAUUAAAGGUUGAGUUGUGGCAUUUUCCAGCCACAAAAUGUGUCAAAAUGUCCAAUAUUGCCCCCAUUGCUAUGUAAAUGAAAUGAAAACAUCGGCACAGAUGAAUUCCAUGAAAAAAAUUGUGUAAAAUGUGCCUGAACUCGGAUUUUCGUGAGACACUCAGUGGGUAGAACAUUGGAUCUUAUUGUUUUGGCUUGCCAAUACAGUUGCCGGGUGUGUCUGCGAGGCAGACAUUUUGCACUUCCAUGCACGUAAAAGACAGAUUAAAUUUAAAAAUUUUAAUAAUUUUAACCAAAGGAUUUAUUAAAAAAAUCGUACCCGAGCAACAAAAUGAAGUACACAUUAUUAUUAUUCCUAAACAUCUAAAUAUUUUUUAAUUUCAAAACAGUUUUGCAUGGUAACAUGGGAACAUUUACUAUUAGAGAAUGGCUGUUAAAUUUGUAAAAUGUGUAAAAACGUUUGCUGCUUGAGUAGAAGCACGACAUGAGAAAAUCUAAUGUUAGAGAUGCAUUAUAAUACACCCCUGCCUGCUUAAUCUCUUUCCUAAUCUUAUAUCAAUAGUGCAUUGAAGUGCUUUCUACGCUUCUCUGGCUUGCUCAGGAACUUUAAAUAGUGUUUGCGCCACUCUGUGAUGUGCUUUUCCAACAGAGCAACCUCACUUUGGCUAAACUUUUAAAUAAAUUGCAGAAUAGGCUAUGUAUACAAAAUGAUAUCAACAUACUGUACAUUGUAAGGCACUGAAAAAUUCUAUGACUUUCAUUUACCUUGACCAGCAUCCCCAGGAACAUUGACAUGACUAAGUACAGGGAUUAUGGGGCAAUAAGUCAUUCAGAGCACCCCUUGCUUAUACAGAGGCCAUAAACAGCAACUGCUGGUACCCCUAUUAAAUAACUUUAGCCAGAAGACAUUUUAUUACUAGCAAUGG